AUGACCCCCGCCGCGUCGCCGUCGCCGCUCCCCAAAGGCGCGUCGCCCUCGCCCUCGCCCUCGCCCGGCCCGUCCUCCUCCACCGCGCCGCGGCAUGCGCAGACCCCGCUGGACCGCCAGCGCACGCAGCUCGAGAAGCUGCUCAAGGACCCGGCCAAGCCCGCGUACAUCCCGCCGCCGCCGAAGGAGAAGACGAUCCGGCCGGCGCGCGAGAUGAUGAAGAACGUGCAGGGGAGCAGCGCCGGCGCGGGCAGCGGCGAGUUCCACGUCUACAAGGCCGCGCGGCGGCGCGAGUACGAGCGGCUCAAGAUGAUGGAGGAGCAGAAUCGCAAGGAGCAAGAGACGGCGGAGUUUGAGCGCAGGAAACGCGAGUGGGAGGAGCAGGCGGAGGCGAAGACGGCCAAGAACCGCGCGAAGCGGCUGAAGAAGAAGGAGAAAGCAAAGGCCAAGCACUCGGCCGACAAGGACGCGCAGGGGGACGACUCGCAGGGCGCUGCGAGGACGCGGGACGACGACGGCGCGCCGCUCAAGAAGCGGAGGCUGCUCGGCGGAAAGGAAUUGGUGUUUAAGAGACCGGGAGAAGAUGAUAGCGACGAGGAGGGCGGGGAGGUCGGGGAGGGUGACGAGGAGGCUGGACCGCAGCCGGAGGGCGGGGAGCAGGAGGGGAAGGAGGAGGCUCCGGCGCCUGUGCCCGUCACGGAGGGUCAUAAAAUUACCAUCAUCGAAGAGGACUAG